CUAAUUUUAUUAAAACAUUUUUUAUUUAAGAUAAAAAUGGUUCAAGUGGUUAAAUAGUAAAUUUGUGAACAGCAGUAUACCAUUUCCUAGAUCGCAUAUUAACGAUAACCAUGGAUAAAGAAGAGAAGAUAUCUAGUAGGUGUAAACCUGAAGGAAGCAGAGAUAAUGGAAAGAUGAUUACUUCUCUUCUCCCUCUGAUAAGUGUACUGACCCUACCAAGGGUUCCUGCACUAGACGAUAUGUGUACUGAUAUAAUCAGGCAUAUUCUUCAGUUCCUGGAUUACAGGAGUAAGAAGAUGCUGAGGGAAGUAUCCUCUACUCUCAAGAACAGAGUGGAAGGAUGUGGGGAUAAAAUGGUUCAUUACUGGAGGUUUUCUACCGAGUUUACAACAGAUCAGUUCAUCAAGUUUGCUGAUGAAGUUGAAACAGUUUUAGGUUUUGAAGUACGUGAUGGUACAGAUGAUGGUGUUAAGUAUCUUGUGAAGUAACAUCCUGAAAUUUUUAUGUUUCAACUUGGAAUUGGAAGUAAAUUCACGUCAAAUGGAUUGCUGCAGAUACUGCAAUUUUGUGGAAGUACACUUAGAUCCCUGGAUAUAUCAGUAAAAAAUAUAACUGGAGAGAAUCUGUCUGAAUACAAGGGAACUCUGCCUUGUUUAGAAAACCUGAACAUGAGUUACUGUUAUCAACUCA